AUGACCCAACUCAAAGGGUGGUCUAUGACUGGUGACCCAGAAACCUUUCAUCAGAGAGCAGCUGCUUUUCAGCAUGGCAGAAACUUGGCAAAGGAAUGGAGAAAUGGAUUCAUUGAGGCUGCAAAUUGGAGGGUUUCAGACUUGAAUAGUGAAUCUCAGUCUUUUGCAUCAUCUGGCGAAGGCCCAGUUUUUAUUUUAACAGCGGGACCAGUCUUGGUCGAGUCUGAUACAUCAGCCAACGAAACCGAGGCUGAGUAUGAGAAUGCCCUACAGUGGAGCUUCACAGAUCAUGUUGGAGAGGUGGAUGAGGAAGAGGAAGAUACCAUUGGAGCAAGUAAAGUUGGCUUUAAAAGGCAGAGGGUUGGCGACAAGGCAGAUGAGCAAGGAUAA